AUGGCUACAGCCACCCUCCCAACCGCACCUCACAACCUGGCAGGCUCUGCCCCACUAGACGUUUUCCCCGAUGGAUUGAAAACAAGUGGCCAACACGACCCUCUCUAUGAGCACAUCCAGCCCUUCGACAAAUUCCCACGCGAAAUCACAGGCCCAACCGUCUGGAAGGCAGACGACUACCGCGAACGUCCAGAAAAGUGGACCCAUGUGUUCACGGCAGAUCAAAUCGCUGAGAUCAGCUCAGCAGCCGAUGCAUUCCUCACAUCCAAGACCCCGUUGACAGGCAUCUCAAAGAGCAACUUCAACCUCCCCAAGUUCUCUAGUUACCUAGAAAGUCUGCGCCGCGACCUGAUCGACGGCAAGGGCUUCAUCCUAUUCAAAGGCUUCCCCGUCCAGCUAUGGGGAAACCACAAAUCAGCAGUAGCAUAUAUGGGUCUAGGUACCUACCUCGGCUACUUCGUCAGCCAAAAUAGCCGCGGCCACGUCCUGGGCCACGUCAAAGAUCUAGGUGAAGACUCAACACAAAUAGACAAAGUGCGCAUCUACCGUACUAACGCGCGGCAAUUCUUCCACGCCGACGACGCGGAUCUGGUCGGCUUGCUGUGCAUUACCAAGUCUCUUGACGGUGGUGAAUCGGACCUUGUCUCGGUGCAUAAUGUUUAUAAUACUUUGGCCGUUGAACGGCCGGAUGUGCUGAAGACUCUUACUGAGCCAAACUGGUACUUUGACCGUAAGGGCGAGACGAGCAAGGGCCAGCAGGAGUGGAUCCGUACAAGCGUCUUCUAUCUUGAGCGUGGAGAGAACCCCCGCGUGUACUCGAAGUGGGACCCCUAUUACGUUCGCUCUUUGACCCGUUUCUCGGACGCAGGCGUCAUCCCUCCACUUAGCGACGCGCAACAGGAAGCUCUUCGUGUUCUGGAGGAGACUUGCCAGCGACUUUCACUGCAUAUGAUCUUGGAUAUUGGAGAUAUCCAGUUCUUGUCUAAUGCGCAUAUUCUGCAUGCCCGCACUGCUUAUACCGACUAUCCGCCUCCUGCACCGCGUCGCCACUUGAUGCGACUUUGGCUUGCUACGCCUGAGAGUGAGGGCGGUUGGAAGUUGCCCUUCUGGGAUAGUAAUGAGAAGAAGCGUGGUGGAAUUCAGGUUGAUGACCAGGCACCUGUUGCGCCGCUUGAUGCGGAGUAG